GACUCCCCCCCCCCCCUUCCGCCCUUUUUCAUACGGCCAAUCAAAACCUCUCGGGCCCAGGCUCCGCGGCGAAUCAUUCGGCUUCGCUGGGGCUUCACACAGAUGCUGUGUUACACUGUCUUGCCCUUUUUCCUUCUUCUUGCUUCUUUUUUCUUUUUUUAAAACCAAGCCAUAAUCUCUUUAGCACCGUCCCCCGGAUCUGGAGGUGGUGUGUGUGUGUGUGCGUCUCACGAAAAUUGAGAACGACGGACAUGGGCUCCCAUUAUGGAGUACAGGUGGUGAGAGGUGCAGGCAACACACAUGACUUACAGGGACAAGCAGCAUAUCGACUGAAGCAACCCACGCGGACAGCACUAGUAAGCUGCAGUGCCGGGAAUAUCCCUCAGGCGGCGGCUCUCGCAAUGAUCGAUUGACGGAAGAGUGUGUGUGAGAGGUGAGAGCAAAGAGUGAGAAAGAGAAGGCCUAGCUUCAUGUUGCCGUUUUGCUCUUGGCGUGUGACGGCCCGCGGGAUGUGGGCAGAUUUGACUUGAUCGCAGCACGAUUACAUCACAACGGGCCGUAAAGUUAGUAGAGCUGGACAUAAUUCGUUU